AUGACGGAGUACGAGCAGCUUGGGCACAUGGAGGAGGUGAAGACUCGUGUCGCGAUGCCCCAGUUCUUCCUGCCCCAUCAUGCGAUUCAUCGUUCCGAUUCGUCGACCACUAAAACAAGAGUGGUUUUCGAUGGAUCAUCAAAAAGCGGCAGCCAUCUAUCUUUAAACGAUUUACUCCUUACCGGACCCACCGUGCAGCCUCCGCUGCUGUCAAUUAUUCUCAAUUUCCGUUUACACCAGUACGUCAUAACCGCCGAUAUUGAGAAGAUGUAUCGUCAAAUUAUGGUUCACAUCGACGAUCGACCACUGCAGCAGAUUUUGUGGCGCAAGCAAGAAUCCGAUCCGAUUAAAACAUACCGCCUGAACACCUUGACCUACGGCACAUCCUGUGCACCGUUCCUUGCAACCCGAAAGCUGAUUCAGCUUGCGGACGACGAAGGCGCAGAUUUUCCUAUGGCAGCAGCAUCCGUCAAGAAAAAUUUUUACGUUGACGAUUUGCUGGUUGGAGCAGACAGCAUCGACAGUUUAACUAAAACCUGUGAGCAGGUAGAUGGUCUUCUCAACCGAGCCGGAUUUUCCCUUAGAAAAUGGAGUGCCAAUCACCCCUCUCUCUCGAGACACAUUCCAGAAGAUCGUCGAGAAACUCAAACGGAAUUGGAGUUGGACCGCGCGCAUUCAAUAAAAGCUCUCGGAUUGUUGUGGUUCCCUGUGGAAGAUGAACUUGGUUUCAAAGUGCCGGAGUUUCCACUUCUGACAAAGGUAACCAAGCGAACGGCGCUAUCAGAAAUGUCUCGGCUCUUCGAUCCUUUAGGGCUCAUUGGCCCCAUUAUUGCCAAGGCGAAAAUGUUCGUACAACAACUUUGGAAGGAAAAUCUACAGUGGGAUGAUGAGCUGCCUGAACAAUUGAUAACGUGGUGGUUAGCAUAUCGAGCUAAAUUGAACAAUAUUCGUAAGCUGCGGGUGCCAAGGUGGAUUCUCGGUAGAAAUUCCUCAAAGUAUGAGCUGCAUUGUUUCGUCGACGCUUCCGAAAAAGGAUAUGGUAGCUGUAUUUAUAUUGUUUCGCAAGCCAACUCAAUCAAGACAAGCCGUUUACUGAUUGCUAAAUCACGAGUAGCUCCAACCAUUGGACUUUCUAUCCCUCGCCUUGAGCUCUGCGCUGCUGUUUUGGGAAGCCAGCUAGCCGAUACUGUGGUACAAACCACCGAUUUCUCUGGCAACAUCAUUUAUUGGACAGAUUCUACCAUAGUUAUUAACUGGAUCCUGUCGCCUUCAACUUCGUGGAAGACAUUCGGUUCAAAUCGGGUAGCUGAAGUUCAGCGAUUAACCAAAGGCUCUCCAACUGCGCUGAACCCAGCGGAUCGCAUUUCUAGGGGAACCGAUCCCGACCAACUACAAGAUGACACUCUUUGGUGGAAUGGUCCACCUUUUCUCCUGCUGACACCAGCACUCUGGCCUGAAUUCAUCCCAACACUAUCUCCAGUUGCUCUUGAGCUUUCGAACAAAGAACAACGCCAAAUCGUUGCCGUGCUCGCUUGCAAGGAAGAAGAUCCUUUGGUCACCAAAUUCUCGCAACUAGCUUGUCUUUUAAGAGUGACAGCAUAUUGCCUGCGAUUCGUAAGAAACUGUAGGUCUUCAUGCAAUCGAACCUACGGUUAUUUGACGCCAAUCGAAUACGACAACGCUUUAAAGGUUCUUAUUCGCCACGUACAAAACGUAACAUUCCAAGCCGAAAUAGAGUAUUUGAGGAACAGGGGAAAUGGACAGAACACGCUUAAAGAUGCCUCAUUUAAAUCUUCAUUGAAGGGUCUUGACCUAAUGCUGGACGAUCAAGGGCUGCUUCGCAUGAACGGUCGACUGGCAAAAUCAACUGCUUCAUUCGAUAGUCACUUCAUCACUGUUGGAGAGUUAUCAUCCACCCAACACUACAUCCCUGAAUUCAUGAAACCAGAUACGCUCAGAGAACAGCAGACUGUUGUUAUGUUUCAGAGCUACAACGAGCUACCACGAGCUACCACGAUAGUGUGA